AUGUUCAAGCAUUUGGUUAAGGUCCGAUUACAUCAACAAAAACGCUCCUUGGGCUAUGUACUGGGUAUAGAAACAUCAUGUGAUGACACGGGCAUAGCGAUUGUGGACACAGAUGGCAAAGUGCAUGCCAAUGUGCUCGAGAGCCAACAGGAAUUUCAUACGCGAUAUGGCGGCAUAAUUCCACCGCGUGCCCAGGAUCUGCAUCGGUCACGCAUCGCCCAUGCGUAUGAGCGCUGUUUGAGCGAAGCAAACGUGGAGCCGAGUCAGUUGUCUGCCAUUGCAGUGACCACGCGCCCCGGUCUGCCCUUAAGUCUGCUAAUUGGUCUGCGCUUUGCCAAACACUUGGCUCGUAAGAACAAGAAGCCGCUCCUGCCAGUGCAUCAUAUGGAGGCGCAUGCGCUUCAAGCUCGUAUGGAACACAUCACUGCCAUUGGGUAUCCAUAUCUUUGUCUCCUCAUAAGUGGGGGUCACUCCCAGCUAGCACUGGUGCGUGGACCAGGCCAGCUGACGCUGCUUGGCGACUCGCUAGACGAUGCGCCUGGCGAAGCGUUCGACAAAAUUGCAAGACGCCUGCGCCUGUUCGUGUUACCAAAGUAUCGGCUAUGGAAUGGUGGUCGCGCCAUUGAAGAUGCCGCCAAAUCGGCGCAAAACCCAAAUGCCUAUGAUUUCCCGCGGCCGCUAGCCCAACAACGUAACUGCAAUUUUAGUUUCGCGGGCAUCAAGAACAACUCCUUUCGAGCGAUACGCAUGCGAGAGCUUUUGGAGCGUACACCUUGCGAUGGCGUUAUCAGCAACUACAACGACUUUUGUGCGGGUCUGUUGGUCGCCGUCAGUCGCCAUCUGAUGAAUCGCACUCAACGUGCGCUCGAAUUUUGCCUGCACCCACAUCAAAAUCUCUUUGGUGAUGCGCCCCCCACGUUGGUCGUGUCCGGUGGAGUGGCUAACAAUGAUGUGAUUUUUGCAAACAUCAGCCAUUUGGCCCUCCAAUACAAUUGUCGCACUUAUCGGCCCUCCAAGGGUUAUUGCUCCGACAAUGGUGUCAUGAUUGCUUGGCACGGAGUCGAACAGCUCCUUCACGACUGUGCUAAUAACCUUCGCUACGACUAUGAUAACAUUGACAUUGCUGGCAGCGAAGGAUUUAGUGAGACGGCAGUGGAGCGUGUGGCGGAGGCGGCCAUUAAAUGCAAAUGGGUUCAGCCCCUGCCGCUACAGUAAAAAAAAGCCAGCAACAAAGGACCAUCGAUCGUUUUUGUUUUACAUAUAUAUGUAUUUUUGUUUUUAUUAUAUCUGAAAUCAAUAAUGUAUGUCAAUGUCUAAAAUCUAGAAAAAAAAUAUGUAAAAAUUGAUACACAUAUAAAAAUAUUAAAAAAUGCAUUAGUUCUUUUAUGCUGAACUACAAUACAAUUUUUGUUGUUGCUGAUUUUGUUGUUGUUGUUGUUAUUGAUUUUAUUGUUACUU